UUAAAAGUUUUGUUUUACGCUUGUUUACUUUAUUUUAUGCUUCGUCGGAUGAUCUUAUUGAAAUAUAGUAAAAUAAUAUUAUGAGGCUUUAAAGGAUAAAGCAAAGCAGUCUGUGAAUAUAACGGGGACGCCCACUAAGUCUUGAUAUGUGUUUAUGUCGUCUGGGAAAACAAGCUAUUCGAGCUAGAGAUUUAUAUUUGCUCUUGUUUUACACUUGAAGAAACGUCAAUGUGUGGCGUUCUUCACCUCUAAUAAGUUUACUGCCGAAUAAACAGAUGGAGUUGUGGAAAUUCAAGAAAAGGCGGAUAUGUGACAUUACGUUACUCAAGUGUAUGUGCGUUAAAAACAGUAACCUCAACUUUCAGUUCCGAAACAGAGGUGAAAUCCGCAAAAAUGUCAAACUAACCACGAAAAAAAAAGUUUUUACCAUCGUUUUUUUACGGAAGCCGAUAGGUUUCGCUGAGCUGCAACGGAAGAAAACGCAUGUUUGUGUUGCGAGUAUUUGCAGGACAUGUGUCACCAAACUAAGGAAGUGGCUUUGUGAAUUUGAUGGUGUUUUUCUAUUUGCAUGUGUAUCCUUACGUUGCAGCCCGGAGACACCUAUCGGCUUCCGUAGUUUUUACUAUGGAAAGAGCACAGAUUUUAAGAUUAGGUGGUUCAAAUACAGAUGUGAAAUUUGUAAAGCUUUUUUUAUUUUUAGUGCAUGAUUUUUCAUAGUCAGGUAUGUGCCAUUUUCAGGAUUGUCCCAUCAAUAAUGCUACAUAUUCCUCAUAAAUGGGCAUGUGAAAAUUUAUAUAAGGUAACUAUUUCAUGUUUUGUAAAGGGGCAACCCUUCUACAUUCAUUGGGUAUUAUUGCUUCAGGAUUGUGCAUUUUAUUUUACAGAAAUCCUGCAAAGUUUAUCGUACCCCAAAAAAACACAUCCUUUUUUUGUCCAUAACACAUUCUUAUUUCCCUUUUUUAAAAUGUUAUUUUUUUUCAUAGACUUUUUUAUCUUUAGACUCUACAAGGGACUCAACGAGGGUUCAGUAAAAUAUAAAUAGAUGGUUCAAUAUAAUCGUAACAAAUUAAUUCUCUGAGCAUUUUUAUGUCACGUCCAGUAUCCACCAUUUUCCUCACGCAGUGCAAAACUUUUCCUUCGCAUAGAGUUGAUCAGGUUGUUGAUUGUGGCCCAAACAUGCUCAAUGGUUGACAUGUCCGGGGAGUAUGCUGGCCAUGCAAGAACCGGGAUGUUUCCAGCUUCCAGGAAUUGUGUAUAGAUCCUUGCAACAUGGGGUUGUGCAUUAUCAUGCUGCAACAUGAGGUAACGGUCGUGGAUGAAUGGGCCUCAGCAUCUCGUCACGGUAUCCCUGUGCAUUCAAAAUGGCAUAAAUUAAAUGCACCUGUCUUCAUUGUCCAGAACAUACACCUGCCUAUACCAUAACCCCACCACCACCAUGGGCCACUCGAUCCAUAACGUUGACAUCAGCUACCGCUCAUCAACACAAUGCAAUACUCGCUGUCUGCCAUCUGUGAAAACCGGGAUUCAUCCGUGAAGAGAACCCUCUCCGAAGUACUAGACGCCAUUGAAUGUGAGCGUCUGCCCACUCAAGUCGGUUACGACGACGAACUGCAGUCAGGUCGAGACCCCAAUGAGGACGACAAGCGUGCAAAUGAGCUUUCCUGAGACAGUUUCUGACAGUUUGUGCAGAAAUUCUUUGGUUUUGCAAACAAAUUGUUGCAGCAGCUGUCCGGAGUAGGUGGUCUCAGAUGAUCUUGGAGGUGGAGAUGCUUGAUGUGGAGGUCCUGGGCGGGUGUGUUAACACGUGGUCUGAAGUUGUGAGGCCGGUUGGAUGUACUGCCAAAUUCUCUGAAACGCCUCUGGAGAUGGUUUAUGGUAGAGAAAUUAACAUUCAAUUCACCGGCAACAGCUCUGGGGGACAUUCCUGCAGUCAGCAUGCCAACUGUACGCUCCCUCAAAACUUGUGGCAUUUGUGGCAUUGUGCUGUGUGAUAAAACUGCACAUUUUAAAGUGGCCUUUUAUUGUGGCCAGCCUAACGCACACCUGUGCGAUUAUCAUCCUGUCUUAUCAGAAUUUUGAUAUACCACACCUGUGAGGUGCAUGGAUUUUCUCGGCAAAGGAGAAGUGCUCACUACUAACACAGAUUUAGACAAAUUUGUGAACAAUAUUUCAGAGAAAUAGGCAUUUUGUGUGCAUAGAAAAAGUCUCAGCUCAUGAAAAAUGGCGGCAAAAACAUAAGUGAUGCGUUUAUAAUUUUGGCCAGAGUAAGUUAAAGGAAGUUAGUAAGAAUGUUAAGAAUUUCCUGUAACAAUUUUAAGAAUGUCAAGUGCUAUUCUUAAAAAAUUCUUAAGAAGUUCUCAAGUAAUUCUAAUAACAUCCUCAUUUUUUUGUAAGAAUAAAAUGGCAGGUGUGGUCAAUGAUUAUACUCGCUUAAGAGGCGAUCAUAAGUGUUCACCAAAAUUUUAGUUAACAUUGCAAUAUGAUAUAAAUAUUAUAAUACUAAUUUGUGAAUAACAACGUCCUUUGGUACCCUACCCAGAAGGUACAUCUGUAAGAUGUCUGUUAAAGAUCUGUCAUACAGAUCGUACAGACAUCUCAAUUUCUACAUGACAUCUCACAGCAGACGUCUCCAAGACGUAUUGCAGAUGAGCAAACAAUAAAAAAACAUCUUGCAGACGUCAAAUAGACGCAUCCUAGAUGUAUGUGUGCUAUCAUGGUCUGCUAUGUUUCACGUCCCUUUAUUACAGAAUAAAUGUAAAAAUCGCCUUUUUUUUCUAUUAAUAAAGGCUAAAUAUUAGCAAAUCAAUUUGAACAUCAAUUUAUCAAUAUGAAAUUCAACAACUGCAAGGAAACAGUGGAAACUGUACGAUUUCUGAUUCAGCACGAUUUGUUUCAAUCCUUCAUUGUAGUCAUUGGCAUCUUGAAAAAACCAAGGCCGAAACACCGAAAGAAAUUAUGCCAAUUAUUAGUACCCUUACAUUUAUGGCUAUGACAGUGUGCUAACUUUACUAAAAUCAAGGCAUUGCAAUUGCAUAAAUUAAUAUUAAAGUUUCAAAGAAUAAAUCAAUUACAAUUUAUGCAAAUAUUCAUUUAGCACAUUGCAGCAAUACACUGUAUAAAAUAAAAUAAAAUCUAAAAUGUUUAACUUGACCCCUCUCAUCUGUACAUUAAAUAAUAAUGUACUGGCCUGCUGAAAGGUUGUAAAAUUAAAUGUUCUCUCAUAAGUGCAUUUAAAAAUAAAAAUCUGUGGGACUACUACAAGAAAGUGCAUUCUGAACAAGUGCAACUGCUUAAAGAUACAAUAAUAUUUUCUCUGUAGGCCUUCAAAAUAAUAGUGUAUCAAAACAAAGACUGCCAUAGCCCAUAUGUUAACUGUAUCUGAAACAACAACAAAUGCAGCAAGAAUUACAGCUGUGCAAAGUGGAUAAUAAAUAUUUAUACACUAUCUUUUAAUCUUAUAGUCACAUAUAUAGCCUACUUAUUAUUUGAGGCACUUUCUUGCAGGAUUUCACUGAACAUAUCAGACAACGAGGGUGCAUGCCCCUCAUCUUGUGCAGAGAGAUGAGACUUUUUUUCUGCCCUCUGAUCUCCUUCUCCUGCUAUGUGCGCUGCUCCGUCUCCACGCGGGUUCUCCCCAUCCUUCGCGCCCUCGAUCAUUUCUCGUGCGCGCUGUUUGUGUAAUCACAACAUUUAGGCCGUGUUGUUUCGGUGAUUAAAGUCUUUCAGCCGAAAACCGAAAAUGCACUUUUGGGCCAUUUUCGGCCGAAAAAUUUCGGUGCAUCCCUACUUUGUACUGAAGACUUCUCAUUAGCUAAAUAAAUGAAACUACUCUGCAUUACAACUCUUUGGAUUAGUAACUUGUUGAUCAAGAAGAAAUCACUGGAAGAACUAGUCUGUUUGUUUUUUUAUGAUUUCGACACGUAAGUGAAACCCCUGCAGCGUUUUUAGAGGUGCAUUCGACUUUAUGCAAUGCUGCCUGCGGAGACCGAUAGACGUAUGACAUCAAAGAAUCGCGAGAGCUCAUGUGAAUAACAAAUGCGACACACCGAGGUCUACGCACAGUGCCGAAUAUCUACGCAGUCGAACGCAGAUCUCUACAGAGUCACCAAACCGCUUCUUCUACCACAACUGCUUCAGUAGGGUUACAAGAACAAACAGGGGAUGCUUGAUAAAGCAAUAAAGCAGCUGGUCCGACAGAGUGAUCCUGAUGGUGAUCUGAUUCCAGCCAGUUUUAACGAUUCAAGGAAACUCGAGCUGCUUGCUGUGGUGUGGAAGAAGCCAAAAACGUGGUUCUUCGGGAAAGAUAAAUACAGAGUCACGGACUUUGAUCUUAAUCACCUUCUGGAGAAGGGUUGUAGGCCUAUAGAACCUGAGCGGAAGGAAGGAGAAUUUCUGAAAUUGAAUGCAACAUACCAAAACUAUGGAAGUGGAUCAGUGGAGGUGGGAGAUGAAGCACUAAAUGUGACUGGAUUGGGCAGUUCUAAACUGCACUUCUCUUUCGACACACUCGGAAAGGAAUAUAUGGAUAUUCCAAAACUUCUGGAGGACUCCCAAGGCAGGAAGGUGGAUCUCAGUCAUGGUUUAAUUAAGCAAUUUUUAAAAGGGAAACUAUUGUUAACCCUCCUCAAAGAGCGAAUCUUUACUACCUGUGAGAGUACCAUCUCUUAUAGUGGACAGGAGCAGGGCAGCUGUUCUUCUACUUUGAAAGGACAUUCAAAGAUGAUGUCAAUGAAAGCGAAGGGUGAACUAAAACGUAACUCUGACCAAAUAAUGACCAUCCCAGCACGCACUGUAGUUGCAUACAGUGUCAUUAAAAUGAUGAUCAGCAGUGAUGGCUACAUUGAGUUGUGUUUUGAACCGGAUGGAAUUGAGUCGGAUGACAUAUCCGAGGAUCCAGAUUAUUCAGAAGUGGAUGGUCCUUGGGGACUACAAAAGAUUGAAGAAGGGUGCUCAAUUAGUUCCCUUAAAACAGCACUUUUAGAUGUUCAGACUAGGUUUUGUGUGCUGACUGAUCUGACUUCUGAGUGCCGCUCCACCUUACUGCUUAAUUUGAGGGAAAUUCUAUUGGACCAAACCUCCCUGUCAGUGUUGGUGGAUAGGCUUGAGGUUCUAAGGAGAGGUGAAGAUCAAUUACUCCAAAACGAGUUUGAAGAUGAGAACGAUAUUAUUUGUGAAGUUUUAGAGUUACUGUCUGAACCAGACAACAGCGAGCAAAUUCUGGUGGCAAUGCAUAAGCUGCUCAGUGCCAUUGAGGAGUUGACGGAUGAUGGAUUACAACUGUUAGAAAGUUUCUGCUCCCCUGAGGGCCUUAGAAGCCUGCAAGACUUAGUAAAUCUCCUGAUGGCUAACUCAGAGCCACUCUCAAAAGACACAAUACCUGUUUUCUUACAGAAAGAAGACACAUUCCACAGAGUUGUCGACCUUUUUAAAUCAUGCAAUGUUUUACUAAAGAGAGAAGAUGAUUUAAUGUUUGCAGACGUUACAUGUGAAAAGGGAUUCCUACCGUAUGUUCUGUGUAUUGCCAUCAGUGGUCUUUCAUGCCUCAUUGACGGUAACGUUUAGUGUACUCGUGUGUGUUCUCAGAAUGACUAAAAGGUUAAUAAUGGACAUUUUCUUGCUCAUGUAACCGUUUGCACUCAUUUUAUCUUUCAUAAUUUUAGAAUGGUAAUCCACAAGAUAUUUUUAGAUGUUGUCCCUUUAAUCAGUUAUAUUUACUUUAAUUUGGUAAUAUGAAGUUUUCUUAUAGACAGACAUUAACCAAUUUACAAAAAUAUCCUAUACAAGAAUAUGCACUUUUUACCUGUUGUUUUUGAAGGCUUUUUGUUAUAUUCAUUUUUUUUAAACCUUAAAGACAUGCUUUUUUUCUACUAAGUGUUCUCUGAAAUGACAAAUAGUAUAAAAAGGUUUGAAUUGUUUUUUUAUAAUAUACUAAAAUCUGUUAUGCUUUGGAACUGAAAAUAGUAAAUUAUGUACAGUAUGUCAUUUAUGUAUGUAAGUAAAAACCUUUGUGACACUACACAUAUUGCCUGAUUUAAGAGAACUGCCUUUUUUAUUAUGCAAAUAUGUGAAUUAUUAGUUUUACACUUCAAAAUAGUGUACAUAUAUCUUCAAUAAAGUCUGUAUUACUCA